AUGACAUUGUUACUUGCAUGUGAAGAAGGCUUCUUGGCCUUUUUUAUGACACCCUCUUGAUCUUUAAAGACUUUUGACUUAUGGUCAUUUAGGAUCCAAAACAAACACAACCAUGACAACCACUAGAGAAUUAAAAUGUAACAUCUCCUCAUCAUAUUCACCCUUAUACCUUACACUCCUUAUGAUCCUUUUUUUUUCCGGUGACGUGCUAGCGAAACAUGGCCAUAGCCACAAGAGGAGCCGCCACGAAAAAGAUCGGAUCGUCGGGCUACCGGGCCAGCCGGUAGGCAAGGUGAAUUUUAGCCAAUUUGCAGGUUAUAUAAGAGUAGAUGACAAGACAAAUAGAGACCUUUUUUACUGGCUAAUUGAGUCACCAUUAGUUAGUAAACCAAAUUUGAAACCACUUGUAUUAUGGCUUAAUGGUGGGCCUGGUUGCUCAUCUAUAGCCUAUGGAGCUUCAGAGGAGGUGGGGCCCUUUAGGGUCCAAUCUGAUGGGAAGGCACUCACUUUAAGCCCAUAUGCUUGGAACAAAGAGGCCAAUUUGCUUUUUCUGGACUCACCAGCUGGAGUUGGAUUUUCUUAUUCAAAUUAUUCAGUUGAUCAACUAGAAACUGGGGAUAGGAAAACAGCUAGAGAUACAUAUGCAUUCUUAACAAGAUGGUUUAAAAGGUUCCCUCAAUACAAGCAUAGACCUUUUUAUAUAGCCGGAGAAAGUUAUGCAGGCCAUUAUAUUCCUCAACUUUCUCUCAUCUUAACCCGCCUCAACAAGAGAGCAAAGAAUCCUGUCAUCAACUUCAAAGGCUUCUUGCUGGGGAAUCCUCUUAUAGAUAAUUAUCUAGACAAUAAAGGAUCAUUUGAAUAUUGGUACAACCAUGGAUUGAUAUCAGAUGCAACUUACAAAUCACUCAACGAGUCCUGCUUAAAUGACUCGUUUUUGUUCCCAAAGGGUGAAUGCAAUCAUGCUCUUUUCAAAGCAUACUCGGAAUUUGGAGACAUCAAUCCCUAUGAUAUUUAUGGCCCUGUUUGCGCUGACUUAUCUACCAUGCACCAUCACUUCAACAAACCUCUUCCAUAUACGUACAGAGGAAAUGAUGAUUGUGUAGUAACGUACACAACAAAGUACAUGAACAGACCAGAUGUACAAAAGGCUCUUCAUGCAAACAUUAGUGGGUCUAUUCCCCAUCCUUGGAGAGCUUGCAGUGAUGUUGUUAGAAGCAGUUGGACUGACUCCCCAAAAUCCAUGCUCCCUAUCUUCAAAGAGCUCAUAACUGCUGGUGUUCAGAUUUGGGUAUUCAGUGGGGACACAGACGCGAUUCUACCUUUAACUUCAACACGAUAUUCCAUCAAUGCCCUCAAACUUGGGACAACCACAGAAUGGUAUCCCUGGUACGACGAUGAAAAGGUGGGUGGAUGGAGCCAAGUAUAUAAGGGACUGACAUAUGUGACAGUUAGAGGUGCAGGGCAUGAGGUUCCAUUGACUCGCCCUCGACUUGCACUGCUUCUAUUUCAACAUUUCUUAAGGAAUCAGCCAAUGCCACAGAUAACAACUAAAGAUUUGGCUCCAUGAUACUGCAUCAAGAUUGAAUUAAACUAGUAUAUGAUAGAAUCUGUUUAUCUUCUUUGAUAGGUAAUUAAGAAAGGUUGUAUUUACACAUAUGAACUCAACCAUUUUAUGUCAAAAAAGGAUUCUUGUUCCUCUAAUAAUAAUACAAUUUUCAAGUUCUUUGUACAAAAAAAAUUAGUCACUUUUGCUAAGAACAAGUAUAGGACUAUAGAGAAUUGGAAAUAUGAUGAUAUUUCUUUUAGUGUA